AUCGAAGGAGGAAGUUUAAUUGGGGUCGAUGCACAUAGUUUGAUAAAACGAGACUUUCGACUUGAACAACAGUUUCUUUACGUUAAUUUUUUAAAAUUAUUUUGAUUUAUUAAUACUUUGACGAGGAAUAUGGUAAUCACACAGCUGUUCCGUUUCCUUGUGUGUUUUGUUUUGACGAUGGGAGUUAAUGGUCAUUUGAAAACCAAAUGUAGCGUUAACCAUAAAUGUCGAUGUAAAACUUCUGGAACGAAAUAUGUAGAGGUUGAUUGUUCACACUCAAAACUAAAGAAUAUACCCAAACUACCAAGAAAUGUUAGCAGUGUUGAUCUAAGUAACAACGAUAUAGAUAACAUACCAGAACAUCAUUUUAAAGACAACGAUAUUCUAACUGAAAUAAACCUCUCACUAAAUAAAUUACACACUCUCAAGAAAGAAAUGUUUUAUGGGCUGAAAAGAGUUAGAAAGCUAGAUAUGAACAAUAACAACCUUACAAAAACAACGAAAGAUGCUUUUUCAUAUUUACAAAGACUAUCAUAUCUAGAUGUUAAGAAAAACAAUAUUAGCUGGAGCAAUAACAACGUUAUAUUUCCCCAAUCUUUGCUUACAUUGAAGAUUGAUUACAAUUCGUCUGAAGAAAACCUCCCUGAAAUGUCUCAUUUAGAAAUUCUUGACGUCUCUGGAUCAUCUGGGCACUGUCACAUCCACACCGUUAAACCGGAUACUUUUAGAUCUGUACCGAAAAUAUAUGGAUUAGAUAUUUCUGCUUGUAAGGUGAAUUACGUUCACAAUGGUUCAUUCAGCUUUAUGCGAAAUUUAUCAACUCUAGACAUUUCUUUUAAUACAUGUUUAAGGUUUGAUGGUUUAGAAAAUGUGACAAUUGACCUUCCAUUUACUUCGAUAAAAAUUCUGAAAUUUAAUAAAAUUCACAAAACUUUUCAAAUGAAUACGAAAAUUUUGAAACAUCAUUUGUCGCAUUUAAGAUAUACAAACUUAGAAGAAAUGCAUGGCGAUAGCAAUAGAAUCCAGCUCAUAGAAGACGGAGCUAUACAACAACUUCCAUCUUCCAUUCGAAAACUUUUUGUGUCCGACAACGAAUUUUCGUAUGGACAAUAUGUUUUCGAUUUUAUAACUAUGCAAAUUGAAUUUGUAAAUGCGUCGUUUUUGUUUAGUUCACGAAGAGAAAAUGAACGAGAAGAAAAAUGCGAGCGUCCUGAUGAAUCAUGUUGUAAUAAAUUCUGUAAGCCAAUUCAUACAUCCGAUGAGACAAUAUCCCGAUUUAGCGCUGCCUGGAGAGUAUUGCCAAUUCCUCGAAAACUGAAAAGAGUUCUUUACAAAGACUGCUUCCUUCGCUAUGAAAUACCACAGUAUACAGUUUCCGAAAAUAUAGUAGAAUAUGUAGAUUUGAGUUAUAAUAUUUUCUAUUCGUGGAUAGGCCCACUUCUUACAUUUGAUCAUGUUCAAUUUCUAGAUUUGUCUAAUAAUAUAUGCUCGAAUGUUUCAAAGGCAUUUUUUAAAAGCGUUCCGAAUGUGAUAACAUUACUCAUACAAAAUAAUCUACUUGGAUUUGUACUUCCCGAUGACACUGAAGGGGAAAUAAUGCAGCAUAUGCCAGCCCUUCAAAUCGUUAAUUUGGCAGAAAAUAGGAUUCCAAGUUUACCGUAUAUUUUUUUUAAGUUUCAGGCGAAUUUGAAAGACAUUAUAUUAGCAGGAAAUAUGAUGGAUAAUAUUACCUUCCAAAUAAACCACAUGAAACAGUUGUCAAAUUUAGACCUUUCUAACAAUAGAAUUUCUAGUUUAGAUAAAAAUGCUCGUGGUCAUUUGGAAGAAGUGUACAAAAUGAAAGACAAAUUUUCCAUUGAUAUAAGUGGAAAUCCGUUAAAAUGUAGUUGUGAUACAAUAGAAUUUAUUAAGUGGAUGUCAACAACAAAAAUCAAGAUUCACAAUAAACACAAAACCUCAUGUCUGACGUCUCAAGGGAAUCGAGAAUCAUUAUGGAAACCGAAUAGAGUUUUUGAAAAGCUUCAGAUGGAAUGUUCGUCGUAUUCGUCAUUAAUUGUUGGCACAGUAGCAUCAUUGAUCGUUUUCUUGUUUGUUUUAAUUUGGGGCAUAGUUUACCGCAAUAGGUGGCGCUUGCGAUAUAUGUAUUACAUGGUCAAAAAUAAAUAUCAAGUGCAAAAUAAGGGAAACCCCGCCAAUGACAGCCAAUAUGAGUACGAUGCGUUUAUAUCCUACGACAACAACGAUAGAUUUUUCGUUCAUGACAAACUUUUGCCUUGUCUAGAACACAAAGCUGGGUUGAAGCUGUGUAUCCAUAAAAGAGAUUUUCUACCUGGGAAUGACAUUGCUGGAAACAUAACAUCUGCAAUUCACAACAGCCGACAAGUGGUCAUUAUGAUGUCACAUAAUUAUCUGGAUUCUUACUGGUGUAUGUUUGAAUACAACAUGGCAAAAGUGGAAACCAUUUAUUCCAGAAAUAAGGAAAACAUAUUAUUUCUAGUAUUUCUAGAGCAAAUGUCGCCAAAAGAUUUACCAAUGAUGGUUUUAGAGUUAGUUCAAUCCCACUCCUACAUCGAAUAUCCAAACGAUGAAUUUGGGGAUACAGUGUUUUGGAAUAAAUUAAGGGAAGUUUUGUCGCAGUAACUAUUUUCUCUCUCUUCUCAUGUUCAGCUAGUCACUUAAAUAUGAGAUACAUAAAUGGUUUAAGGUAUUUCCACAUAUAUAGAUAUUUCAUACGCUUAUCCAUAUUAACUUUGUAGCAGUAAAAGCUCACAAAUUUAGGAAAAAUGGAGAUCAAUUCCUCAAGCUAUUCCAGACUACACAACUUCACUAUGUGUGCAAUCAGUCUGUAAAGUAAUGCUGGUACAAGCAACACUGAAAUAAAAAAAAAUAGUUACAUUAAAGGAUAAUCACCUAUUUUGUAGAACAUCUUUAUUAUCUAGACGUAGAAUUCUCAAACUAUGCAUUAGUAAAAUUUCAUCUACCUUUGAAAUUUUCUAAACAUUCGUUUGUUUUGAUGUGAUGUUGUGUUGUGGAAUAUUUAGUCAAUAUCCGUCUUCAGUGACAUUAUAUGUCUUCUUUAACCCUUUCACAAUUUGAUUUAUAGAUAUUAAGUGAACAGAUACCUUUAUAUUAAACAUAUUUUUGUAACUUAUUUUGCCAUACAAUUAGUAACUAUUAUAGUUCAACAAAUAUUAUUCAAUAUUUGGUAAAUUGAGAAAUACCGUCUCAAAAAUGGUCAAAAUGCUUCAAAAACCUUAAAGUAGCAUUUCCUCUCGUUGAAUGCUGGUCAAAUCCAUUGAAACUGUGAUGGUAUGUUCCCUCCCAUGUACCAAUGUGGCAUCUGUCAUUAAAUUUUGGAAAUGGUCUUUGUUACAAUGGAAACCAGCAAAAAUGUCAAAAAUUCUAAAAAUUUCAAAAUGCUCCAAACUUGAUGAAACUAAAUAUGAUUGUUAACUGCCAAGUCUAGAUGAGACUUCUGACUUUUGAAUUUCCAAAAUGGCCACUGUUGCUAUGGAAACUGUAAAAAUGUUAAAAAUUUUAAAAUGAUAAAAAAAUGCUCUAAAUGUUCUGAAAUUUUUUAAAAAGAUAUAUAGCCAUGCAUAUAUGUGCAUUCCCUGUUUAAAAUUUUCGAAAUGGCUGCCGCUUACUGGCAAUGGGUGAAGGGUGACAUCCGCUAUUGCUUGUGAUGUCAAAUCUAGUUUUCAUUUGAUAUUCUGUGGAAUCAUUAUUAUCUUCGGGUAUCAAAUGUUGUGGGUAUAGAAGGACCACGAUUUUAAUGUACAACGAAGUUUGGAAAAACAACGAAAUACAAAAAUAUAAUUUUCUUCACGCCACGAAAAUCGGUACCAACGAAAAUAACCAAUCCACAAUAAAUGAUAAAAGUGUAUAGCCAAUGAAGUAAGCUUUUUGUUCCUUUUCUGAACUCGGACUUUUUGUGUUUGUUUCAGUAAAAUUACUCGAAUGAUAUAGCAAUUCAUUUAACAUCAUUAACUACUUUUUUGAAUCGUAAAUAGAUUUCCGUAAUUUAAUAAACAAUUGAUGUGAAUACUCA